CCACUGACCGAUCGACUCGCGCGGGUAAGACAAGAUAAUAAGACUAGACUGAUAUUAUUGUUGUUGUCGUUGAAUCAAAAACCGUUCAAAACACUUUAUCGCAGGUACGUACGAUCCCUGUGGACAUGACGUAAUCUUUGUAAUUACUGAUUCGUCCGCCGCGUACUGACGGGCACGAACGACGAUCUUCGGCGCCGGUGAUGGUGGUGGUGAUGGUGGUCUAACCGCAUUGUGAGUACUGACUAUUGAGCGUUUGGUAGGAUUAGGAUUUCGUAUCGUCUACUGUCGUUCCGCGUCCAUCUCUGGUUUAAGUCCGGUGGUUUGAAUCGGUAAAAAAAAUACGUAGAUACCGAGUGUCAACAAAAAUCGGAAGAGACAACGUAUACAUAGUGCGAAAUAUUUUUGAAAAGACAAGACAAUACAAUACGGAUCCACGUACCAUCACACGUGCUAUUUGGCACUACUGUUCCAAGUGAUGUGGUGCUGAAGCUAGUCCGGUGUCAGGAGAAAACGCCUCUAUAGUAGUCUGGUGAAACGUAGCAAUGAGCGAUUUCUCCGUGCGCAUUUAUACAAAGACCAUGGCAGCAACUGCCAUGCGCCGCAACUGUUGUUGCUGGAAGCGCGUCAGGAUGUUACUCGUGUGCUCUGUCAUCCUGUUUGUCCUGGUCAACGUGAUACUGACUUUGCUCACCGCUAACCGCCAAACUGUCGAUUCUGCCACUUCUGCAGCAGGUAUCGGUUAUAACAGCAGUAGUAAAUGGGUUCAAGGCGAUACAGCAAAGUACAUAUCUAUAGAGGUGCUGUCUAGUAAAAACCGCGUGAGGAUAUGUGUUGACGAUGCAACGGUGAUUGACGAUAGUGAUCCAUUAAACAAUAGAGGCAUGCAUGUUGUUGUCCUGAAUCAACACACUGGUAUGGUGAUGGCUCAACGAGUAUUUGAUACGUACAUGGAUGAUGAACCACUCAUUAGUUUUUUGCAUCGUGUGUCCUCUGGCCGUAUAAUGAUAUUUGCUGUUAAAGAUGAGGCAUCAUUCCACCUCACCAACGAAGGCAGGCGUGCUAUGCAAAUGCAUACUGGUGCAAGCGGUGCUAGUGCUAGUAGAAGUGGAUCUGGAUCUGCUGCAGGUGGAUCAUUGUGGCUGUCUGAACUUGGUUGGCGUGAUAUGUGGGCAAUGGUAGCUAAACAUCAUAACAAUGAUCCAGAAGGAGAAAGAAAUGUUGAUGGUAUUGGUGGUCGUGUAUACGGAGAAAGCUAUAACAGUAACCCGAGCUUAGUCUUACAGCAUAAUAGUAAGAGUGCGCCAGCUAUAUCUUCUUGGGGCACUGAUGUUUUACUUCGCGUACAAGUUCCACUUGAUGUAAAUCGUAGUCAUAACAAUCAAAAUGACGAGUGGUGUGAUUCAUGGAUAACGGCUGGUGCUUCUGAAGAUAACAAUGAUGAUGGUGGUGAUUUUGUGGACAGUGGCUCCAUUAUUGAUGAUGACAUUAUCGUUGAAUCACCAUUGGCACGACGACAACGAUUCUGUAGCCGUAUCGAGGGGUAUGGUGAUGUAUGUAGCUGUGUACACCCUGCUCCUCUAGACUUCCAUCCAUUGCCUAUACCAGAUUCAAAUAUUGACCGAGUGCCUGUGGUAAUAAUAGCUGGUAAUCGUGCUGACUAUCUUUACAGGACAAUAAAAUCUGUGCUGAAUGCUCGAGGCGUUCAACGACAUAUGGUUACUGUUCAUGUGGACGGAUAUUACGACGAACCAGUUGAAGUAGCUCGGCUGUUGGGUGUGAGGGCUGUACAACAUAUGCCUGCUGUUGGCGAUUCGGUCAAUGGAGUUGGUGGAGAGCAAAUUGCAAGCAAUACUAAUUCACGUCGCCGUCGAGUUACACAGCAUUACAAAUCUGCGUUAACAAGCACAUUUGGUUCGCUGUUCCCGCAGGCUGAUUAUGCUAUUGUGUUGGAAGAUGACCUUGAUGUUUCUGUUGACUUUUUUAGUUUUUUCAGUCAGACUCUUCCACUGUUGGCAGUACCUGAUGACUCUACAGAUGGUGGUAGUGGUUCUGGGUCGCUGUACUGUGUUUCUGCGUGGAAUGACCAGGGAUAUGAGCACACUGCUAGUCGACCAGAUGUUUUAUACCGUAUCGAUUGGAUGCCAGGAUUAGGAUGGAUGCUUAAAAGAUCCUUGUACAAGGACCAACUAGAAUCAGAAUGGCCAACAGUAGAGAAACCCUGGGAUUGGGAUAUGUGGAUGCGAUCAACCAAAGUGCAACGUGGUAGACAAUGUAUAGUACCAGAAGUCAGCAGAACAUUUCAUUUUGGAUCAUCUCGUUCUGUUAACGUGAAUCCAUACUUUCAACGUACAUACUUUGGUCGUCAUGCAUUCUAUAACCCUAACGCUGCUACAAAUGGGGCAAGUGCUGAAUCUCAUAGUGGUGGAACUGGAGGAGAAUAUGACGAUAGAGGGGGUCUGAUUCGUUUCAAAAACAUUGACAAGAUGACUCGAAUUUCAUACCUUGGGUGGAUGGAACGUAGGAUCAUGACAGAAGGCCAACUGUUAGAUCACAGUAGGUGGCCAUGCCGAAAAAAACAGUGGAAUAACGAAGGUAGCAAACAUAAUGAUAACCGAGGAGUGCAUGAUGCAGGAAACAAAAAAUAUUAUCAAUCAGACGAAGAAUUUUUUGUUAUUGAUGAAAUGAAGAAUAAUGACAAUACAAUUAGAUCUAAGAAAUUAUUUGUAUUAUACAUAAAAAUGGAAGAUCCAUCUAGAGGCAAUAGAAAUACGGCAAAUGUUGCUUGGACUCCUUUGGCAAAGUGCCUGGGCAUAUGGGACCUAGACAUUAGAGGGCAUUACAAGGGAAUGUGGCGGCUAUAUCUUAAUACUGAUAAUCAAGAUGACGGAACAAAUGCAGAUGAAGAAGGAAUUCCAACACAUAUUAAAAGUGGUUCCGAAUUAUUUAUCAUCAGUUGUCCAUUUUCACAUUUUUGCAAAUUCAAGCCGAUGAAUGUGACUGCUUUAUGGUACAAUAGUAUUGGUAUUGGUGAAGAUGAUGAUGGUGGUGAUGAUAUGCUGUAGCCUUAAACUGCUGAGAACAAGAAGACUACUUUUUAAUGUAGUUAUUACCAUUAUAUUAUAAAUUACAUAUCUAUGUUAAAUGUUUAAAAUUAAAAUGUUAUAAUGUUUUUACUAUUGUAUAACUUUAAUCAUCUCAUUUAUUUGUAAAAACAUACUUUUGUAUCAUUGUCAUAGACUUAUAGAAAUAAACAUAGGUACAUUAAGUAUGAUAACGCGUGCAAGCUUAUUAGGAUGAUCCUAUUUUAAUGAAUGUGUUAAAGUACUUCCAUUUCGCUCAUUCUGAUGAUAAAAUUCAAGCAAUCUCUUGUAAUCCCUUUGAAAUGGGUGCAUCUCCCAGUCCUCAGGAUAAAUAUUCCCCCUAUUUCUAUAAGUCUAAUCAUUGUAUAAGUUUUAUUUUAAGUUUUAUAUAAAUCUCUUCCAGUUCUAACUAAAGAAAACUGCCGACUCAUAGUAUUUUAAACCUAAUUUGUAAUGUAGAGACUGCUUUGAUUUCUUAUUAUUUUAAUUUUCCUAGCUAAAGCUGGGUUCUCAUGAAUCAUGUUCUUGCCAAAAUUUGUUACUUUUGGAUGCUUAACAUGCCGUAACUGGUGUGUUUCCAGAGGAUGUGGUACAAGUUAAAUGGAAAAGCAAAUAAUAUAAUUCUUAAUGUACUUCGCAAAUAUGCCAGUUAGAACAUUAUUUACCUACGUAAAUUACUGGCCCAUAUGAUUAUUGGUGUACUUGUUGAGCAUACCAAACAUGGGAACCCAACUUUAAAAUUAAACUAAAGGAUUUUUUACUUUAUUAACUAUAUAAUAUAGAUAUAUUAUACGUCUUGUUGUUUUGUUUCAAGAAUAACAGAAUGAUAAACUUAUUAUUUUAUUGUUUUUAAUGAGUUUAUAAUUUGUUUUAUAUUGACUCCAAAGAUAAAAUAUGUUGUAUUUUAUUAUUAUUUAUGUUAAAAUUAAAUAAUAUUUUUAUAUUAAGGUUGUAGAGACUGCCCUGCCCUAUUAAUUUGUGUACAGUUUUUAUUUUUAAUAAAACAAAUUAAUAAAUAUUUUUUA